CCUCCUAGUGCUCAGCCAAUUCACCAAUUUACAAAACAUCAGGAAAUAGAAAUUUCUGAGAAAGCAGAACUACUGAGUCGUGAUGGGGAAAGGGGACCCUGAGAUGGGGGGGCCGAGCUCUACCAAGGACCAUCCUCCUGCAUCCGGGCCUCACUCCACAAAUGGUCGUAGCUCCACAUCGUGACCGCACUUCCCAGCCCUUCUUCACUGGUGCCCACACCGGCAUCCAGAUAACUUAAGACAUGUCCAAGGAGGAGAAUGAGGUGGUUGCUACGGGGAUGCCCCAAGGCUCGGCUCCCAUAACGACCACCGUGAUCAACAUCCGCACCGAGACCUCUGUGCCUGACCACAUCGUCUGGUCCCUGUUCAACACCGUCUACAUGAACUGCUGCUGUCUGGGCAUCGUGGCAUUCGCCUACUCCGUGAAGUCUAGGGACCGGAAGAUGGUGGGUGACAUGACUGGGGCCCAGAGCUAUGCAUCUACCGCCAAGCUCCUGAACAUCCUUGCCCUGGUCUUGGGCAUCCUUGUGAUCGUCAUUUUCAUCAUUGUUUCUGCCAUUAAAGGACAGUCACGCUGA